AUGAUAUGAGACAAAGUCUUUGAUGAAGAGAGAGAGAAAGAGCUUUUUGUUAGAUUCAUACUUUCUGAUAGACCUAAAAGAAUUGAAUUUCCCUUCUACAGUGAGCAAAAGAGCAGAGAGAAAGAAAGAUCUUCCCUUCACUCAAACCAUGUUUAAUGGAAUUCCAGACCAAUUCUACCAGUUCAUAGAUUCAAGAACACCUCUCACUCUCCCACUCCCACUCUCUCUACCUCUCCAUGUCUCCCCUCCUAAUUACUUCUCUGUCCUUGAUCCCCCUUCUUCCCAUCCUCACCAACAACAACACCAACAACAACAAUUCAUCUUCCAAUCUCAUCCUCCUCUUCUCCACCACCACCACCACCACCAUCACCACCAAUUGCACCAACAGUCACCAACUGUGGAAGAUGAUGAAGAUAAAGAAGAACAAGAGCAAGAGGCCGAAGAAAGGGAAGCAGUGGGUAGAAGCAUGGAACUCCUUGGGUUGAACUUGAAACCCUUUUCUUCCCAAAUAACAGAUCCAUGGACAGAAGAGGAGAUACUUGCACUGUGGAGGAUCAGAUCUAGCAUUCAAUCUGGCUUCACUGACUUCAUCUGGGAACAUAUUUCAAGGAACCUUGCAGAACUUGGAUUCAAAAGGAGUGCAGAGAAAUGCAAGGAGAAGUAUGAAGAGGUGAGCAAGUACUGCAAUGCCACCACCACCACCACUACCACUAGCUAUAGUAAGAAUUUCAGGUCCUUUAAUGAGCUUGAAGCUUUGUAUGAAGGGGUAAACCCCAACCACUCAGCUGAAAAGGAGGUAGUAAUGAGUGAUGAAGGAGUUGCAAAGAUGAAAUUGGAUUCUGAGGAGAAUUCAGGGAAUGAAACCUUAGUAAAUCCUACUGUGGAAAAGGAAUGUGUGACCAAGAACUCAAGGACUAAGAAGAGGAAAAGGCAUCACAAACUUCAAAUGUUAAAGAGUUUCUGUGAAGAAAUAGUGAACAAGAUCAUGGUCCAACAAGAGGAGCUGCAAAAUAAGCUUCUCCAAGACAUGGAGAAGAGAGAAGAAGAGAAGAUUGCUAGAGAAGAAGCAUGGAGGAAGCAAGAAAUGGCUAGGAUGGACAGGGAGAUUGAGCUUAAGGCUCAUCUACAAGAGAUUGCAUGUGAUAGAGAAGCUACAGUAAUUGAGAUCCUGAAGAAUUUGGGGUCUACUACUCCAACCCAAUUCCAAAAUCUCUUUCUGAAAAACAAAGAUCUUCCAAAAACCUUGAACUCAUCACAAAACCCUAAAGUGCCCACUUCAUCCCCUCAAAACCCUAGUUCUUUGCCAAAUCCUGCAGAUGUCCCCUCCUCUUCCACUGUAGCCCUAAAUGUCCACAUCAAUACUGAUCAUACAAAAGUGCCCUCUUCAUCAUGUACUCCAAAUCUAACUUCCAAAAACCAUGAUUCCCUUGUUACCCAAGAGAACACAGCUCCUCAAAACCCUAAUUACACAUCCAGUACUGAUAGAGAAGACCAUGGCAAAAGAUGGCCAAGGAAUGAGGUUUAUUCUUUAAUAAACCUCAGGUGUAGUCUCUACAGCAGUGGUGAAGACAAGGAAGGCUCAAAGGUUCCUCUAUGGGAGAGAAUUUCACAAGGAAUGCUGGAAUUGGGUUUCAAUAGAAGUGCCAAAAGGUGUAAAGAGAAAUGGGAGAACAUAAACAAGUACUUCAGGAAAACCAGAGAUGCAAACAAGAAGAGGUCUUCUGAUUCCAAAACUUGUCCUUAUUUUCAUCAAUUGAGCAGCUUUUACAAUCAAGGGAAGCUGGUAAUAAACUCUGAAGGGCCUGAAAACCAUUCGACUUCGCCGGAAAACCGCUCGGAACAGCCGGUAAAUACCAAUUUCAGAUCACCCGAUUGGGGUUUUAAACAAAAUGACUCCCAUGUUGAUGAAGAUCAUGAGAACAACUUAGAAUUUGAAUAA